AUGAGCAAGCGUGUCUCGCAGCGCGACUUUGUCGUCGACGACAACGACGACGACGAGCUCCUGCGCGAGGACGAGGACGAAUCCGACUUUGGGGGCUCGGACGACGACUCGGACGGCAUCGCUCGCCUCCGCUCCAACCGAGGCCGGGGCAGUACGGCCGCGAGAGGCGCAGCGAGCUCGGCAGGCGCACCGGGAGGGCCGGCGACCCGGUCCAAGGGCAAGGGCAAGGCGUGGGAGGGCCAGUUCGAGCGGACCUGGGACCAGGUCCAGGAGGACGAGCGCGGCACACUCGAGGGCGCAGUGAGCGACCUGCUCCUCUCGACAAAGUCUCGACGGCUGCUUCGCGACACCUCGUCCAUCCAGCGCGGCAUCAUCCGCCAUGUCUACCUCGUCAUCGACCUCUCGUCGGCAAUGCUCGUGCGCGACUACAAGGCCACCUGGCUCGACCUCACCGUCCAGUACGCCCAGGAAUUCGUCACCGAGUUCUUCGACCAGAACCCGAUCGGCCAGAUGGCCAUCAUGGUGACCCGAGACGGCCUCGCCGAGCGAUUGACGCCGCUGAGCGGCAACCCGGCCGAUCACCUCAAGGUGCUCCAGAACAAGAAGAAGCUCGAGGCGCGAGGCGCACCGAGCCUGCAGAACGUGCUGCAGCUCGCAAAGACGGGACUCGCACAUCUUCCUCCACAUGGCUCGCGAGAAGUCAUCGUCAUCCUCGGUUCGCUCACGACGUGCGACCCGACCAACAUCCACCAGACGAUCGUCGACACCGAGAAGGAGCGGAUACGCGUCAACAUCAUCGGCCUGACUGCCGACAUGAAGAUCUGCCGCGACAUCUCGGAGCAGACCAAGGGCGUCUACCGCGUCGCACGCGACGACCUCGCCUUCCGCGACCUCCUGUUCGAGUUUGUGUCGCCGCCGCCCACGUUCGCCGGCACCAAGACGGCGCACGUCCUCGGCUCGUCGUCGGCCGACCUCAUGCAGAUGGGCUUCCCGGCGCUCGUGCACACGACGUACCCGGCCGUGUGCGCGUGCCACGGCAAGCUCAAGACGAGCGGGUACAGCUGCCCGAGGUGCAAGGCGCGCCUGUGCGACGUGCCGACCGAGUGCAGGGUGUGCGCCUUGACGGUCGUCAACGCGCCUCAGCUCGCGAGGAGCUACCGGCACUUGUUCCCUGUCGCCAACUACGAGCGGGUCCUCCACUCCUCCCCCUCGACCGACCCGCCCACCUGCUUCUCCUGCUUCUUCCCCUUUGCCCCGCCACCCACCACCUCGACCACCCCGGCCGCCGCAGGCGACCUCUCGCCGCUCGGCCGGUACCGCUGCCCAAAGUGCGCCCACGACUUCUGCCUCGAGUGCGACAAGCUCGUGCACGACGCGCUCGGGUUCUGCCCCGGGUGCGCCGGGGCCUGA